AUGUCAUUCUACGCAUAUAAAGACAUCAUUGAAGCAGGUGACCUCGUGCUUGCCUUCAUAUCGCGUGGUGCCACCAAACCAAUAACUGUUACUCCAGGAGAAGUAUUGAACACAAGGUAUGGACAAUUUGAACAUGACUUGAUGAUUGGCAUGAAGUACGGCAGUCAAAUGGCAGGUAAAAAGGGAUAUGGUUUCAUUCACCUUCUCCAUCCUACCCCUGAAUUAUGGACCCUUUCACUCCCACAUAGAACUCAGAUCGUGUAUACCCCUGACUCCAGUUAUAUUGUGCAACGAUUGGGUGUGGGGCCAGGACUGAGAAUUAUUGAAGCCGGUACUGGGUCUGCCAGUUUCACACAUAGUUUUGCCAGAAGUGUAGGUGAUAAAGGGAAAGUAUUCACUUACGAAUUUCACGAAGUAAGAUACAAUGAGGCUAAGCGAGAGUUGGAAGAGCAUGGAUUAAUGAAGAAUACUGUGAUUACGCAUAGGAAUGUCUGUGAUGACGGAUUUGAAAUUGACAACCAUAAAGUUGAUGGGGAUGUUGUGUUUUUGGAUUUACCUAGUCCGUGGACAGCAAUUCCUCAUUUAAACAAAGUCAUUGCUGAGGAUAGACAAGUUGGAAUUUGUUGUUUCUCUCCUUGUAUUGAACAAGUGGAAAAGACUGUUAAAGCAUUGGAAGAUGAUGGAUGGACUAGUAUUGAAAUGGUGGAAGUCGCUGGUAAGAGAUGGGAAGCAAGAAAGGAUAUGGUUAAACAUGUGGACGAUGUUGUUAAACGUUUGAAGGAUAUUCAAGAUAGAAAAUCUCAAGGAAUUGAAAAGUUGAGAAAUGUUAAUAGUACUGCUCCUUCUGAAGUGUCUAGUACUGAAAGUACUCCAGAGCCACCAUCUAAGAAACAAAAGAGAGACCGAGGCUUCAAUCCAUUUGGAAAAGGUACUAGAAUUAAGGAAGGUGAUGAUCAAUAUGAAUGGAGAGAUGUUACCAAAGUUGAGUCUGAAAUCAAGAGUCAUACAUCAUAUUUAACAUUUGCCUAUAAGAAUCCAAACAGAAAAGUAUAG